AUUCUCUAGCAACCCUCACUUUGUUGCGCAGACAGCUUUACUAACCGGGGUUUUUUUUUACUGUUCAAGAUGCAACGCGGAGCUUCAGGCGAGACGACUGAGGAUACUACUACCAUUACGAUAGACAGCGAGAGCACUCCCGAGAGCUCUACUAGUCGCAUGAAUAGUGUUACGUCGGGCCGCAUUCUACGUAUCAAGCUCCCUCCUGCCUUUUGGAAUACAUACCACCAGUUCAGAAUGUCUCAGGAGACGUUAGACGAGCCGCCGACCAAGCGCCAGAAGUUCACACCCAUACCAGAGCCGGAGCCGAUAGCAUCGGCUGAGGACAUAGCAGUGGCAGAGGCGGCGGCGGCGGCAGCAGCAGCGGCAGCACAGGGACCACACAGACAUACUCCGGGUUCCCAACCCCAAUUGCAACAGCAGCAGCAACAGCAGGAGCAGAAACAUGCACAGGGGCCUGUUUUGCGGCCUACAAUCGUGGACGUUGAGAGUGGUAAUAAGGAAGAACUUUUACAUAGUGAUGCCUCUUCGUCAUCCGACUCCUCAUUAUCAGACGGCGAUGCAGAUAUUCCAUACUCCAGGGCCGACAACCCUCGCCCGACAGUGGAAGCUCCCUUGCCUGCUACUGCCAGCACACCCAAUGGCCCACAAAAUAUACUGCCUCCGCUAGCUUUGGAGAAGCCAGAUGUCAGGGUGAAAACGCCCUCUACCCCUGUCCCAGAUCCCGACCAUAUCCUACUUGGCCAUGCUCACUCGACGCCUUCAAAACUCGCGAAUAAAAGGGCCUCGAUAGGCCCACGAACCCCACGCACUCCCAAUACGCCAUCGUCUGCUAAACCCCCAAAUCCCACGGCCGCUCAUCCCAUGCCUCCUCAUGAGCACUCCUUUAACCCCCAUCGCAACACCAUCAAUGGCAAUGCUAGCAGCAACCUCAGCAGCAACAUACACAAUGGUGCCCGAGUUCACCAUAACGUCAACCCCAACCAAAACCAAAGUCAAAGCCAAAGUCAUAACUACAGCCAAAACGUCAACCAUAUGAACAGCCCUCAUCCUAACGCCAAUCCAGUAGCCUAUAAUAACGGAACACAACCUGCGAAUAUUCUCCCGGUUUCACCUGCGCAAACAAAUCCAUCAUCUGUUGCGCUGUCCCCUCCAAAUCCACCGAGCAACAAACCUCUCCCUCCGCCCUCAACUAAACCUCAAUCACAUCGUACCAACCCAUUUCCGCAUCAUUGUUACUUCAAUAUCCCUGAAAAGCUUAAUGGCGGCAAUCUGACUGAGGUCCUUAAAGCUAUCCAAGAAAUGGAGGCAGUGCAAGCAAAACUCAGAGAGCGAGCUGCAUUUUUAGAGCAGUUGGGUGAUAAUUGGCAGUGAAACCAGUUUCAUCCAGAGAACAACGACUAACCUUUAAUCGUUCCCGAUGAGAAUAUCUAUUUUCUCAUUUGGUUACCAUUUUCUUCCAAGUUACAGUCCCGGCAUG